UGAUUCGAGUUUUGUUCUGUUGAUAGAGCGUCUUUAGUUUGAGGUGCCUGUUGGGUCUGUUGUGGCAUGUUGGGCUCCGUUAAGUCGAUCUCACGGUCAUUGGGCGCGUUGAAACGUCCAGUGCACGGCGGUCGUUAUGGUUCUCGACACUUUGCCACGAGAGAUCUAACCCGAUAUUGUGAGGGUGACAGAGUUGUGAUUGACGACACAAGACUCUCCCCGAAACUCCAGAAAGAUGCAUCAUUCGACGUCAAACAUGGUCGAAUAGAACAUAACGACAUUAUCGGAAAGCCGAUAUCCGGACCCUUCUAUCUGAGAUCCAAAGGACGAUUGACCAAACUCGAACACCCGACCCUAGAACAGUAUGUUUCUAUGAGCAAGAGAUUAGUCACUCCAAUCUAUGGAACCUAUUCCAAUUCAAUCAUCUCGCUUCUCGACAUCCAUCCAAUCCAAAUCCAGCAAGACGCCACCAGUUCUGAUGAAAAUACCGAGCCCGACGAUUCUCCUAAAGAGCGCCUUGAAGUCCUCGAAGCCGGUACAGGUCAUGGCGCGCUAACUCUCCACCUCGCCCGAGCUAUCGCAGCCGCGAAUCCACCUCCCUUAGCCCUCGAAAUUCCACGCUCCGUCAAACCCUCUAGCAACCAGGCACAUACUUCUGCCGGUAGCAGCGAAAGCGAAGUAUUCAAUGAAGCCAUCCAAGAAAAACACAGUUUGACACUUAAAUGGAAUGCAUGGAAAGCAACUCGAAGAGCAAUCAUCCAUACCGUUGAAAAUGUACAAGCCAAUCGCUUUCAUGCAGAGAAGGUUACUCGGGAAUUCCGUCAGGGGUUGUACUGGCCUCAUAUUGAUUGGUAUCACGACGAUCUUUCUACUUGGGUUUCGAAGGCAAUGGUAGAGCGGGACAACGAGGCUUUUCUAUCAUACGUCUGUCUUGAUAUGCCCGACGCCCAUGAAAAGUUGAGAGAUGUUCACCCUGCAAUGAAGGAAGGGGCAAAAGUGCUUAUCUUUGUGCCCAGUGUGACACAGCUUGUGGACUGCGUCAAGAUGAUUCACCGGGAGAAGUUGCCGUUCAGUCUAGAUCAAGCGAUGGAAUUGGGACAUGGAAUAAGCAGUGGACGAAAAUGGGAUGUUCGGAGUGUGAAACGACGGAAACCCAAGUCUGAAGCUGCGUCUAUCCAACCUUCCGCAACGUUGGAGGAGCAGCCCGAAGAAGAAGAAGAUGAUGAUGAGACAGAGGCAGAAAGUGUCGCGACGACCGAGACCUCGUCAGAAACGGCUCAUGAGGAUGGCAAUAUUAAUGCCGACGAAGACACGACAUCGAAUUCGACAUCAUCAAGACUACCACUCGAAACAUCUUCGCAGCUGCCACCAUCUGAAGAAGAUCCGGUGGUUAUUUGCCGACCGCAGAUCGGUGAGCGAACCCUGGGCGGGGUGUUUGUUGCUGUCUUCCGCAAGAGAUCGCCAGAGAUGGCGGAGCUAGAACUUGGGUGGAGACGAGAUCAGACGGGCAUAAGGCGGAGAUUCUUCCGAUAGGGCUGGACGAUCAAUGGUCAGAUAGAUCUGUAUAACACUUGUAAAGCACAUAUAGAACGCAGAUAAAAUCAAUACAUCCGCAAUCGCGAGCA